CCUAGACUAAGUACAGCACACACUUACUGUACACGCAGCCCAUCCAGUUAGACAUCUUGUAUUCUGUGCAGUCUUCACAUCGUCCCAUACCUUUCAUGUGAUUUCGGGUUAGAUAUUGUUCACUGUCAUGGCUGACGCACCAGAGGACCCUGAUGACGAGCACGGUAGCCCGAUGCCGAGCACGCCGCCGCUACGGCAAGCUCGCCCGGUGUGCUAUCGUCCGUAUCGCCGAGACGAUAUCCAUCAUGGUGAUAUGUCAACGACUCAUCCGUCUCCGCCGGGUUCUCCGUCCAUGAGCCCUUACUCGCUGGGAAUGUCCCCACUUUCGCCGUUCCGCCGUCAGUUUCGUCCCCCUUCUCGGGCUCCGUCUUCACCGUUAUAUCCGCAUUCAGAUUCAUACCAUCCGAGUCCGGAUCACGGAAGCCACGAGGACACUACCCAAGAUAGUAGAGAUGUCCUCGUACAACGCCUGAGUGACCUUGUCACCAGAGUUAGCCAAGGCCAUGUAGAGGAUGAAAGUAUUUACGCUCUGCACGCCAAGGUUGAUGAGUUAGAAAGUGUCUUGCGGCUCCGUGACAAAUCGUCUAACAUUAGAUAUGACGGCCAAGACCAAAGCGAUCUCUCAUGGGAGCCGCCUCACCCGGAUACUCUCUUGCCCUCUGACGCGUCAAGUCUUGUCUCACCCCAACGUCCGUCACCGUCAGCCAAAGCUAGCAAGAAGACGGGACCCCGAGCUUCAAAGAUGACAAGGGAACAAGCUGAGCGAAUAGCGGCAGAAGCACAGGAUCUGCAUAACAGCUUGGAGAUCUUCAUGUCAAAUCUCCGCGAUCGACAAGAAGAGACCGAGCACAUUCAUGGCCUUCUCAUUGCCAGGCUAGAGCGCGCUGCACAGCGCAUUAUCCAGUUGGAGGAACAGCUGAAAAACCUUGAACGAGAGCGAAAGGAAAGCGAUACAGAACUACUAAACAUGCAGAUUCAGCUGAAAGCCAUUGAAGUGCAGUGCAUGAGCUACGUACCUCAAGGCGUCGACCAGGAGCUCAGUGAGAGUAUCAGUGCAUGGCAGAGGGAAUACUCCGCACAGAGACAGAAGAGGCUAAGGAAUAGGGAGCAAUAUAACGGCACGCCUACGAGAAGACGCGCGGCACAAUGAAAGUGCCUAUGUGCCAAUUAUUGGGGGGAGGUUAUACCUGCUUACGACUAAUGAAAACAUGACGAGCAUUGCAUUCUUUUAGUCUACUUACUCAAAAGGGGGCUAUACAUCCGUUGGCGCAUGGUGUUAAGAUACCCCUAGGAAGCAAAAUUGUACUUUUGAUAUGAACCAUAGGGUAUCAUAGCGAAUUUUUCCCCCUCUUACAUUUUUGCAUUCUUAUUAUCAGAUUCAUAACCAA